UUACAUUACAGGAAAUUUGAAUGUGUCAGUGUGUUGUGAAAUUUUCAUUUUGUCACAUUUGUACUCAUAAUUCAUUCCUCUAGAGUUUUCGAACUUUACAAUGGAUCCUACACAGAACCAAGUCCCAGCGAAGGGUGUUGAUGCUGUCCUGGUCCACAGUGAAGCCAUGCCUGAGGGUUCAGAGACUGUCAAAGGUUAUGAUUUCAACCAGGGUGUAGACCAUCAUGAACUACUAAAAACAUUCAGAUAUUCUGGCUUUCAAGCGACAAACUUUGGUUUGGCUGUGGAAGAAAUCAACAAAAUGAUUGAGUGUAAGAAGAAAGCAAUACCAGAGGGAGCCUGUGAGUACAAUCUGGACCCAACCGGAAGAGAUCCAACCAACUGUACCAUCUACCUUGGCUAUACAUCCAAUAUGAUCUCAUGCGGUGUGCGAGACACCAUCAGAUUCCUGGUGCAGCACAAUAUGGUUGAUUGUAUUGUGGCAACCGCUGGUGGCAUUGAGGAAGACUUCAUCAAGUGUCUUGCUCCGACCUACCUCGGCCGGUUUGAUCUGGUUGGGAAGGAGUUACGGAAAAAGGGAUUCAACAGGAUUGGAAACCUGGUUGUGCCUAAUGACAAUUACGUCAAAUUCGAGGAGUUUCUGAUACCAAUUUUAGAUAAGAUGUUAGAGGAACAGAAUACUGAUGGUACAUUAUGGACACCGUCAAAGAUGAUACACAGAUUAGGAAAGGAAAUUGACAACCCAGAUUCAGUGUAUUACUGGGCAUUUAAGAAUAACAUUCCUGUGCACAGUCCUGCCCUUACAGAUGGUUCUAUCGGUGACAUGCUCUAUUUCCACUCGGUGUCCAACCCGGGGCUUGUCCUGGAUAUCGUCUCGGACAUCCGGUUGAUCAAUUCCCAGACUUUGCACGCGGCGAAUACGGGUAUGAUUAUCCUGGGAGGUGGAUUGAUCAAACAUCACAUCUGUAAUACAAAUCUCAUGCGGAAUGGAGCAAAUUUCUCGGUCUUUGUGAACACAGCCAGUGAGUUUGAUGGAAGUGAUUCAGGUGCAAGGCCAGAUGAAGCAGUGUCUUGGGGCAAAAUCAAAAUGGAUGCUUCCCCAGUCAAGGUUUAUGGUGAAAAUUCGAUUAUUUUCCCACUACUGGUGGCGGAAACCUUCGCUCGGGAUUACCAUCAAAAUAAGAAGGACUUGUCAGAUUAGUUCGGGAGGAAACACCUGUUUAGGAUGGAACACAAGGAUACAUGUAUCUUCCAUUAGAUUCUUUGUUCAUCUUACGAUAUUAAUAAUGCAUGUUUAAGUGCUGAAAGGUUUGAUAAAUAGCGCUACCUGAAGUUAGCAUAUAAACUCUGGUUUCUCUGGAGGGAAUAGCAAUGUAUUGGAAGUCUUGUCUCUCUUAUUAUUAUCUUUAUUUGAAAAUGUGGUACAUGUAUGAAUAAAAUGUAAAUAAACACAUUGAAUCUCAUGUAUUAUGAUAUUUAUUGAA